AUGGGCAUCCAGGUGUUCAGUCAGAUAUACUUUCACAUCAGUGGUUACCACGAGUGCGGGGAUACCCUACGAACCAUAAGUAUGUCCGUACGGAUAGUAUUUUCAUUUUAUCAACUGUUCAUUGCUUUCAAGUAUUCAAACAUCAUCAUAAACAGAUACCCAAUCCUGAGCAGAUUUGCCUUGAUGCAUUUGUUGGCCACCACACUGUCCUCGUGGUUCAGGACUAUUAUCAGUGAGGCUAUGGAUGAGUACGUGGAUAAUAUACAUAAUGAUAAUAUUAAUAAUCUCACCCGCGACCUUAUUUUUCCGGACUACAUGGAGCAUGAAAUAUAUUGCCUGGAUAAAGCGGUUAUUAGCGCUAAAUCAAUGUCUAUAUUACCCUACUUAUAUCCGUUUACGAUCGAGUUUAAUAUAAUUAUGGCGUCCAUUUGGUUCAUGUGCUGGAUCAACAUAGGCAAAUCGACAACUAACAAAUGCCAGCAUACCACAAACAAGUCGGUCAGUCAAACACAUAUAUCCAACAUUGAACAACAGGCCCAAACUGACCCGGACACAUGGAGCACCAUGUCAAUCGGCACCCAAUGUCACGCCAGUAAUCGGGGUCUAUUUUGCGGGCUAACAACCCUAUUGGCCACUGCCGUCUCAAUCAUCAUAUUUUUCGCCACUCAGUCCUUCGACUACUUCGAGAUCAGCCUAUACUCGGCACAGAUAUCCAUAACCACUCUCAUAGGGUGUGCCAUAAUACCCAUUGCCUACUGUAAAACACGGCGCCUGGAUGUCGUAUGUCCCGAGCAUUUUGACAGCAAUAAGAUGCUUAUGGACGACCUACUGGUGUUAAUACCGGUACCCUUUUUCAUGCUACACUACACAUGCUUAAUAAUGGCUGAAGUGGAUGAUGGAUCACCAGUUAGUAUCAUACUUAUCGUGGUAUACGUGCUAACAAUAAUUCAGGUGCUCAUGCAAUCGCCGUUCAUAGUGGACGGCCUACGUAGGUGUUCCAACUCACCCGGGCUAUUGCAUUUCAAACCGGGUCGGGAGUUGAUUAUGUUUGCGCUGAUACUGAACAUAACGCUAUGGAUAUUGAAUACGUUUGAACUGAAGUAUAUGGACAGGUAUCAGGGAAUGGAGGACUAUUUUGGUAAACUUACCUGGAUGAUUAUAUCCAACGCCAAUUUGCCCCUGAUGCUAUUUUAUCGGUUUCACUCGUCCGUGUGUUUGAGCGAUAUGUGGAAACACGGCUACGAAAGCGAUGCAUGUGUUUAA